GAUCAGGUGUGAUCGAUCAAAAGGAUAACGCGUGCUAAACCAUUUACAAUUGAUUCAUAAAAAAUUAUUUUUUUUGCUAUACAACAUGUUUUACCAAUCACAAACUAUAAAAAUGUUUCUGUUACUCUCAUUAUACAACGAGAAAUAAAAACGGAUAUGGUAUGCAUAUAACAAUCGAGCCAUAAAUCUCUCUAAAUGAACAAUUUAUUCAAAUAGCUGUGAAAUAUAAAUAAGAAACGUGAAAAGAAACAUGACUGGAUAUCAAAUGUGCAGUGUGUUGAAAUAAAAAAAAACUAACCGGAACAUUUAUGUUAUUAUUUAAGUGAAAUCAAGAUCAUUGAUUGCAGCCAAGAUCGAUGAUUUUUCAGAAGAUGGAAUUCUACCAGAACCGCGAGAAAAUGAACGAUGCCGUUUAUGAUCUUCGUCGGACAAAAUCGCUCCCGAGCGAGAGCGAAGUUUUUUUAAACAACACCGAGCGGGAUAAUAGAUCACCAAUUAUAAAUCGGGAAUCUGCCGAAUAUGCAUCUGAUUCCAGCUGCGAGGGUUACAGAGAGUUUCAAAAGCAACAAAUCGAAAGGAGAAAUUCGUCUCCGAUCGCCGUGUCUAGUGCUUUCACUAUUGACAGCAUCCUUGGAAGAAAUGAGAAAAGAGAUCAAACUUCGAGAAUGAAUAGUUCUGGUGAUAAAGAAGAGGAUCAAGAUGAGACGGACGAGAGAAUUGAGGGACAUUUUGUCAGACCGACAGCAAUACCAGCUGCACGUCCCGAUAUAGAAGGAGGCUUGUAUACUCAUACGGGACUGUCGUACCCUGAAGGCGCGCUACCUGAUACUUCGGCGUAUUCUGCAACAUCACUCGCAUCAGCUUCAUUAUUAUACAGCAGCUGGUUUGCUCAAACAAAGCCUGGACAAUUAUUUGGCUUGCAAGCACCGAAACCGAGCGGCAGGAGGUCGAGAAAACCGGGUAUUGAUCGAAAACCACGUCAAGCUUACAGUGCAAAACAAUUGGAAAGACUCGAGGCAGAAUUUAAGAUCGACAAGUAUCUCAGUGUGAGUAAGCGAAUGGAGUUGUCCAAAUGUCUGAAUCUCACCGAAGUGCAGAUCAAAACGUGGUUCCAGAAUCGCCGCACCAAAUGGAAAAAGCAAUUGACGUCGAGGCUGAAGAUCGCGCAGCGGCAGGGUCUUUUCCCACCGACAUAUUUUCCGACCACCCAGUACCCUCUUCUGCCGUAUUAUGCGGCACCUUUGAUGUUCGGCGGCCCGCUAUCGGACGAUGCAAACCCUAGCUUGCCGACUCGACCCGCCGUAUCAUCCUCAGAUACGGUCUGACACAGCACAGACUCAAACUACUUGGUCGAUCGUCGGCCGCGCAACCGCGAAGUGCAAUAAGAUCUUCCGUUGGCCAUUGCGCAAAUUUUUAGUGUUUUUCUUUUUCCAUUUCUGCGUUAUCAUACGAGUGAUUGAUAUGUAAUUAUAAUCAUUGAUAUGUAAUUAUAACCGUUGAUAUAAUUAUAUACUCGCAAUCUAUAGCGUAGAUAAGUGUCGACUUCCGAAGCGACUUUUUUUUAAAUACGAUACUUUGAGAUCGAUUCUGUUUACUGUACAUAAAAUCUGAUCAUUGUAUAUUUACGUUAUGCCUAGAGUUUCACGCGAAACGUUCUGAAUUUACUUUUGGUUUUUGCGUUGCUAGCGAAAUAAGAAUGUAUUCAAAUAACAAUAUAAGAUGCGA